AUCCCCCGCAUCUCCAUUUUUCUUUUUUAGAAUUGCGUUUGUUGUCAAGGGCGGUACUACUCGUAUCCACCGCGGAACCUUUUAAUCGCCGGCGAAGCCGCCGCCAUGUCUCCACCACCAAGACUUUUCCUGAUCGCCGGUUCCGCCACGCCUAUCUCAGCGUCGCUCCCGCCAAACCUCAACAACAAAUAUUCACCUCAGCUCGAAGGAAAGCCGAUCUGCCGCCGCAACGCCGUCGUUUUACUCUCUCUACUCGCUCCCCUUCUUCCUUCUCUCCGCCAUCCACCGGCAGCUUCGGCCUUCUCGCUCGGCAUCUCUGGGCCGAAACAGUGGCUUCAAGAGCAGAAGAAGAAGUCGGCCAAGUUCUUACUGGCUCCUGUAAGUGCCUCUCGCAAUAGCCUCCAGACGGCUCAUCAUCUUCUCGUGAAUCGGAACGGUGGAUCCGAAUUUGAUGAAAAUGGAUUGGAAGAAGUACAGAGCUUGCUAAAGUCUGCUGCUAGGGAUUGCGUUCUUCAAGAUAGAAAUCGUUUCGUUCAGUUUCAAUCCCGAGCUGGAGUCGAGGUCUGCACAUUCAGGUUGAUUCUGAAAAAUGCUUCUUCUUUACUUGAUGAUAAGGAUCCUUUAAAGAUGGAUGCUGAAUCCAAGCUCACUGACCUAAUAAGUUUCAUACAUACUUCUUGGCAGCGAAUUCAUGCUUUUGACGAUUGCAGUUGCAAAAUGUAUAGUGUGUAUGAUGUGGGGUUGCUCUUUUAUAUUACCCAAUGCGUGCGCAGAUGCUUUGCUUCUCUCAAUGGCAUGGCAAGUGAACUUGAUGUACAAGUUGCUUCCAACAGACAGAAGAUAGCAGAUGCACUUGUGGUUACAAUUUCUUCUCUCAACAUAUUUGAACAGGGGGUCAAGGAUUGCCUUGGAGCUUGAUCACUUAAAAUAAGUAAAGGGAAAAGGGCAAAUUUUCCAAUAUUUGGCAAAUGUCCCUUUAGAAUAUGACAGAUGGUUUCUAUCCUCAAAGCUCUGGCAAUUUAGGAAAAAAAAGAGAGAAAAACUAAAAGAUCUCCAAAUGAUAAGCUGGUGUUUGAGUUUAAAUGUGAACUGGUUCUGCUAUGUGCAAAUACUGAAAAUGUUCAAGGAUUGUAGUACAAGAGCAGCCCCUUUGUCCAUAUAGUAAAGAAAGUUAAAAUAAAAAAUUCUGUCGCACGAGGCCAAGAAGGAUUUACAGUUAGUAAUAAUCGAAGAGAAAUAAUACUUGUGAUGAUUG